AAUGAAUAAGAGGGUAAAGCUGGCGCUGGUUGUUCUUUUUCUUCUUUUAGUCACUGAAACUGUGGCUAGAAGGAGCUCAAGUAGAAGUAGUUACAGCAGAAGAUCAAGGACUUCUUAUAGAUCUGGAAGUAGAUCUAGUGGUCAGUGUAAAGGAAGCACAAUGAGAUGUGUUGUUAUUCCUCUUUGCUGAAUCGCAGGCUUCAUUUUUAUAAUUUUAGUAGUAAUGGGAAUCUUUGCAAUGAUAAAAUAUUGCAAGGAGCGUCAUCAAGAGAGAAACUAUGAAAAUUCACAAAAGCAUUUCCAAAAAAUAAAGGAUCUUGAGAAACAACAAAAGGAAGAAGCUUCGAAGUUACAAAAGCUACAACAAGAGCAAGAAAAGAAAAUGAAAGAUCAACUUUAUAUGAACCAAGUAGAUUAUUCUUCCGAUCUUGAGCCUAAUAACCAAUUUGUGGUGCCAGGAGUUGCAGUUCAGCCUUCUUACAACAUUGUGAAUCCUUAUUACAGAAGCCAUGACCCUGAACCUGUUCCCUUAAUAUAUUACCCUGCUGCUUACGGUCUUACUUAUGAUAACAACGAAGCUACAGGUCCUCAUAAAAUGAUGCCAGAAUCUUCCAACUCAAUGGCAGGAGCAAAGGGGUCAGGGGGAGAUGAAUUAUAUUUGAAUCAGAUCAGAUUGGAUAAUAAAGCGGAUAAGACUCAUGAACAGCUGAUGUAGAA